GACACGCUCAAGCAAAAUGCAUUAACGGUCCCAAGUGAGGAUGGAGCAACCACCAUUCGCUGAAGAUGACCCGACGACCACCACCACCACCGCCACUGCCAUCGCCGCAGUUACUCAGGAGCAGGUAGAGCAGCGUGGAGGCACGCGCCACCCGGUCUACCGUGGCGUCCGGAAGCGGCGGUGGGGGAAAUGGGUUUCGGAAAUCCGGGAACCGCGGAAGAAAUCCCGCAUUUGGCUGGGAUCAUUCCCCGUUCCCGAGAUGGCCGCCAAGGCCUAUGACGUGGCAGCCUACUGCCUCAAAGGCCGAAAAGCGCUCCUCAAUUUCCCCGACGACGUGGAUCAUCUCCCCAAGCCGUCCACGUGUACGGCCAGAGAUAUUCAGGCCGCGGCGGCCAAGGCAGCUCAUUUGAUAAUGGUCCAGUCCCCCAAGAGUAAGGACAGUGACGAUAGUAUUAACCUUAGUACUGAAGCCUCCCCGGACGGCUGCGCCUGCGGCGAUGGUGAUACUGACGAUAACGACGACUUUUGGGGGGAAAUUGAACUUCCGGAGCUAAUUAAUGGCGGCGCGUGCCAUAAUUGGAAUGGUUGUGGGUGGCCAACGGUGCUUGGCUUCGAUGGCGGUACUACCACCGCCGCCACUGGUUGGACGGAGGGAGAGGGUUCGUUACCGUUCACGGCGUGUCUCUAAGUAUGUGGAUACGUAUAUCUUAAUUUAAUUAUUGCGCUGUUUAUAUAUAAAUUAGUUCCAUAACCAUCCACGUAGCUAAUUAAUAAGCAGUAUUGGGUUGGAAUCAAUAAUAUGUAACUUAAUUAUAUAAUAAUACUAAUGUAUCAUAUAUAUGAUUUUGAAUUA